AAUAUUCACUUGCAUUGGAACCAUUGUACCUUGCUCCGCCAUGUGUGGACAGCAGGAAAUGCCGGAAAAGAAAGUGGCGCACGAUUUGUGGAGGCAAACGUUUGAGCACAGGAGGACUGCCGCCGAGAUCCACCGAUGCCGGAAGGGACAACGAACGGACAUCAAGCCGACAGAAUGGGCCAAGUUUGGUUACGCGCUGCGAGAGGAUGUCCUAAGCCAAGAGAUCGUGCACGACUCGCAGACGCUUCCGAUUCCUCGGGUCAAGCGCAGCGAGAUUUCACCGGAGCAGUUCUUUAAGGAGUUUGCGGAGAAGAAGCGGCCGGUGAUUGUCGAGGGCGCGUGCUCUUCAUGGCCUGGAUCCAGUAGAUGGUCCCUCGCGGCCUUGGAAGAGAGGUUCCGGCACGUUGACUUCAAAGUUGGGAAAACCGACAAGGGCAAGAACAUUCAGCUGAAGAUGAAGUACUUCAUCGACUAUUGCCGCCAUCAGCAAGAUGACAGCCCGCUCUACUUGUUCGAGACCAAAGUCGACGAUACCAGCGCCAUGCGGCACUUGCUGGACGACUUUGAGAUGCCGGAUCUCUUCCCUCACGACUGGUUGGCGCUCAUGAACCACGACGCCCGGCCGCCCCACCGCUGGUGGUGCAUCGGGCCCAAGCGCUCCGGGACCACAGUGCACACGGACCCCUUGGGCACCGCUGCCUGGAACGCUGUCACCCACGGCGUGAAGCGCUGGGUCCUCUUCGAGCCGCAAACGCCCAAGCGCAUCGCCAAGGCCAAAGACCUGGUGCGGAAAGGCGAGGAUACCGAAGCCGUCAUGUACUUCGACUUUCUGCUGCCACGCCUCAAGGAGGCAUAUCCGGAUGUGAAGAGCUACGAGGGUCUGCAGCGGCCCGGGGAUGUCAUCUUCGUGCCCGGGGACUGGUGGCAUGGUGUGCUCAAUCUGGAGGACUGUGUUGCAGUGACCCAGAAUUAUUGUGGCCCAGACAAUUUCGACACAGUGUGGUGCCGAGCUCGGAAGGACCGCGAGAAGGUGGCCUAUCUGUGGUUCCGGAACAUGAAGAAGUUCGCACCCAGGCUCUAUGACCGUGCUUUGGAGUUAAACUCACGAGACUGUUUUCGCAUGCGCCAUGCACGAGGAGCAGGUGAGAAGGUGGACUCUUCGGGCGACUCCAGCAGCGAGUCCAGCAGCGACUCCACCAGCGACGAGGCGGAGGAUCUGGCGACGGAGGGCCUGGAGUCCGCGCUGGGCGCCGGGAUUACGCUGGGGUUGAAGCGCAGCGCGCCAGACGAGGCUCCACGGCCCACAUCGCGGCGCCGCAUGGAAGACCCCAGCUCCGCCUAA